AUGUCUCGAUCACUAACAUCUGUAAAUCGUUCAUAUAAUGUUGAAAAUGAUUUGUUAAAUAAAUUGUUUGGAGGAAGUAGAUGUUAUUUAUCAUUAUAUAUGAAAUGUAUUGUUUGUAUAUUAAUACUUUAUUAUUUAAAUAUGUUAUUUGGAUUUGAUAGUUAUAUAUGGUAUGAAAAAUCUUUUGAAGAUGAAUAUCAUUUAAAUAUGAAACAUAUUGAUGUAACGAAAAUUGAAGAAAAUGUUGAACAAGUAUUAGGUUCACCAAAUAAUAUUCUUUCAAAUGAAUUUCUUAUUAAAAAUGAAUAUUUAUGUGGUCGUUCACUUAAUCCUGAAACACUUAUUCAUCCACAUUUACUUAUAUUAAUUAAAUCAAAUUUAGAAAAUUUUCAAAAACGUCAAGCUAUUAGAAUGACAUGGGCUAUUAAACAUCAGUUAACAAAUAAAAAUAUCCAAGUAGCAUUUGUUUUAGGUACAGAUGCACGUAAGACAAGUGUUGAAGAUGAAUCAAAUAAAUAUGGAGAUAUAAUACAAAUAGAUAGAAUUGAUUAUUAUUAUUAUAGUACAUAUAAAAUGAUAAUGAUGCUUCAUUGGAUAAGUGAUUAUUGUACAUCAAAAUCUCGUCGAUCUCCUCAUAUAGAUCUUCGAAAAUAUGUUUUUUUUGUUAAUGAUGAUUAUUAUGUUGAUAUUGAUCAAUUAUUAAUAUAUAUAUAUAAUAUAGAUGAAGAUAAAGAAAUGACAACAUAUGAAAGACGAACAUUUAUAACAGGUGAAUUAAUUGAAAAAUCUCGUCCACGAAGAUUUAUAAAUGAUCGUUGGUAUGUAUCAUUAAUUGAUUAUCCAUAUGAUAUUUAUCCUCCAUAUAUAUCAACAGAAUGUUUUUUAAUGACACGAUAUAAUGCACGUUUAUAUUAUAUAUCAUCAAAAUAUACUCGAUUAUUUUAUUUUGAUCAUAUUUAUAUGGGACUUUUAGCUUAUUCAAUGUCAACUAAUUUAAUUAAAAAUAAUCAACUUUUUUCAACAUCAUCAUUAUCAUCAAAUCAUUUUGUAAAUAAUCAAUAUGGGUUUUUAUCUAAAUGGAAAUUUCUUUUUAAUUAUUAUAAUCAUAUUAAUUCAACAUUGAAACCAAUUUGUAUUCGAGCAUCUCGUGCUCAAAACUUAAUUGACAUUUGGAAUAAUAUUCAUCAAACAAAUAUUUCAUUUUCAUUUGAAUUAUAA